AUGGCGGGUUCAACUUCUGAAAAUUUCAAGAAUGAAUUUGAAGCUUUUGUUGCACAUUUUGGAAGUUUGAUGAUGGGCGAAGAUGGGGUUUUGAAGUCUCAAUCCGGAACUAAUGACCACUCUGGUUCUUUUUCUUACUGCGCCCCUGCAACUCAAAACCCAGAAAGAGAUGCUAUUGAUAAUGAACAAAACGAUAAACGCCGUGAUCAAUUGCUUGCGCCUCAAGAAACCCACGAAACAACACAAGGGUUCUCAAGAAACUCGGUUUCUAAUCAAGGCGACGUCUGGGUUUAUCACAAUUCCGACAAUCUAAGGAAGAAUUCUGUUUAUGGAUUAUUUUCACCCAAUGAAAACUUUUGCUCGAACAAUCAUAUUCAGACAAGUUCUAGUGGUUUGUGGAAUCAGAAUGGACAAUGUAGUGGCACUAAUUUUGAGUGCGUUUAUCCACGAAGCAACUUCAACUCCAAUGCUGGCAUUCGAAUUGGCUUGCAAGGGGAAAAUAUUGAAGGGAUUCCGUUCGCAGAUCUUCUAGACUCGAUUUUUCUUCUGAUGAAGCAUGAAACUGGACAUGUUCUCUUUGAUGAGCUAAUCGAUUCAUGUAUCGGCGAUGAGUUGCAUUUGGUUGUUUUAAAGUUGUGGUCGAAUAUCGAUUUGUUUAUAGAAGCAGCCUUCUGUAGAAUUGGAUCAAAUUCAAUCCAGAAACUCAUCAAAAAGCUUAAGAGGACACCCUAUACCUAUACGAUGACAAGAAUUCUAUCGUCUAGGUUUUAUCAAAUAAUGACUCACGACUUUGCGAGGCAUGUCAUCCUACAAUGCCUCAAUCUUUUGGAUAGAAAGUCAAAUGAGAUAUUCUAUGAAUGUGCAAUACAUGAUUUCCUAGCCCUGGCUCGACAUGAAGUUGGAUGCAGAUCGUUGAAUGAAUGCAUCAAUAGCAUUGCUGGUAACCAGAGAGAUACACUCCUGAAUCGCAUUGCUGCCAUGUCAGAUUUCCUAUCAAACGAUCCUUAUGGGAACUAUGUCGUCCAGCAUGUCCUCGAGCUUAGAAAUGAUCUUAUAACGAAGAAAAUACUGGGCUGUCUUCAAGGUCAGUUUAUACAGCUAUCAAAGACAAAAGGAGGCAGUCAUGUUGUGGAGAAAUGCAUUGAAUCUUCUGCAUUUGGAUGCAGUUUUGUGGUUACAAAACUUUUAGAUUCUUCAAACAAUAUUGUUCGACUCAGUCAACAUCAGUUUGGAAACUUUGUGAUUCAAAAAGCCUUACUGAGGACAAAGAUAGAGGGCCAGAUGCACCUCCAUGAAACUCUAGUUAUGAUUCUUGAAAAGCAUGCACAGAAGCUUAAACUCACCAAAAGUGGCAAUCAUGUAAUUAAUCGGCUUGAUCUUGAAUUUUAUCCAUUUCUUAUCUGGGUCUUUGUUUUUUGGGAUUCUGGAUUCUGGGUCUAA